AUGCAACCUGUAUCAAGUCUCAGGUGCAAGGGACAAGGAGAGAGCACUUUUCACGAGCUCAUGCCCAGAUCAGUAAUGGUUACAGGAGCAGGAGGAUCACAUAGUAAUUCUGGGGAUCUUCAUAGCCCUCUUAGACAACCUAAAUUUCCUCGAGAACUCAGCCUGGGGGAGCAACAGGAACUCAGGCGAAAAAUCAACAGCCGUGAGAGAAAGAGAAUGCAAGACCUAAACUUGGCUAUGGAUGCUUUGCGGGAGGUGAUGGUACCGUACUCUUCAUCCCCAACCUCAUCCUUGGCUGCAGGAGGAGGGCUGCAACACCCUUAUCUACCACUUGGAGCUUCUCCGAAUGGCCGCCGUCUUUCCAAGAUCUCCACGCUGGUCUUGGCCCGCAACUACAUCCUGCUCCUUGGCUCCUCCCUCCAGGAGAUGAAGCGGCUGCUAGGUGAGGUCAGCAUUGGGGGGACUGUACCGCACCUGCUUCUGACAGGAGGGUGGCCAUUUCUCACUGGCCCAGGACAGCUCUUGCUCAGUUCACCAGAACAGCCACUUGGACUGGCCCAGUGUUCUUCACUGCCACUGAAUGGUGCUCCGGCCCUGGAGGAGUCUACAGCAUGGGGUCCACGGGGGAUGGCAGGGACACUACUUUGCCCCUGUCGAGUGUGUCGAGUACCCAGAGUGGUGCAUCCAACUCCUACAUCUCGCUUCCAGAAAUGA